GGUAAUGAUGCGUUAUACUGACAAACAUGUGACUCCUCUGUAAGACUUCGAUAACUUAUUAUACCUCCUAUAGGCUAAUUGUAGCAAUAGUUACCUUGUCUUUUGCAUUUCUGUUAUGCCAGUCGUGUUUGCACUUGUCUGCUAUUGCAAGAGCGACUCAACAACGAUAUGUCAACAUGGGGACAACGGGUCCGAACAUUCGUGACCGUGGAGCCGGUCAUUUUUUUCUACAUGACCAGCACGUUCAUCGUGACGCCUGCGUAUCAACAGCUGGUCAUCGCAAAGGUGUGCUAUGAGCUGUUUCAAGACUCUUACAUCUGCAGCAGCCCGGCGCACCUCAAGGAUGAGGAGGAGCUCAUUGAGGGUCGUUCCUCCUACAUCCUCCUGAUCUACACAUGUGUGACCAGCCUACUGUCCAUCCUUCCAGCCAUGCUGCUAGGCUCCUGGUCUGACCGCUCCAGCCGCAAGGCUGUCAUGCUGCUGCCUUGCCUUAUGUCUCUGGUCAGUGGUGGUGUGCUCAUAGCAAUGUCUCUACUGGAGGACAUUAGUGUGUACUGGUCGCUAAUCGCCGCAGGGGUAACGGGCCUCUCUGGAGGAUACGUCUCAGUAUUCCUUAGCUCGUUUAGUUACUUAGCAGAUGUCACAGCCGGGUUGGGGAGUAACCGUACUCUGCGUAUGGCGGCGGCAGAGUCGAUGAUCUACGUAGGAGGGAUGGUGGGGUUCUUGUUAGUUGGUUUCUUGAUACAGGAGUUUGGGCUGAUGUCUGCAUUUGUGGCAUACUGCUCCUGCCAUGUUCUCUCAGUGCUCUAUAUUCUGGUUUGGUUACGGGAUCCUGAACGCUCAGUCCCACCUGGUGACACUGACACUGAACCAUCAUCCAACCUGUUGUGCCUGUCUGAUGUCAAGAGGUCCUUCAAAGCCAUGUUCAGGAGGAGGCCAGGACAGCAGAGGCAGAAACUCCACCUUCUUAUAGUCUGCACAUUCAUCAACAACCUGGUAGCUGUCGGAGAGCAGGCUAUCUCCCUGCUCUAUUUGAAGUACGAGCCAAGGGAGUUCACAACUGAACUGUAUGGCGUGUUCAAAUCAGCCCAGAUGCUGCUGUUAGGGUUUACCCUGCUGGGGAUCUUCCCUCUGCUUAUGAGAGUGGUAGGAGAGAUGACUCUGGCCAAAGUGAGUGUUCUCUUCAGGACAGCAGGCUUAGUUCUAAUGGCCUUCUCCACAAACACAUGGAUGGUGUUUCUAGUGGCUGUGGUGUCUGCCCCUGCUGGCAUCACUCAGGCUGUCAUCCGCUCUCUGUCCUCCACCAUCGUAGAGCCAGACGAACAAGGUGCGAUGUUCUCCUUCUCUGCGUCUGUGGAGACCACAUGUAUUAUGUUUGCAGCGGUGAUGUUUAAUGGACUGUUCCCUCUGACCCUGCCCACCUUCCCUGGCAUGCCCUUCAUCGUCAUGGCAGGCUUCACACUCAUCAUCUUCAUCUUAAUGCAGUGGAUCAGUGAGAUGCCAGCCACACAACCUCGCCUGGUCAUACAGGACUAAAUCCAGUCCUAUAGUACACCUAGGAUGUGUCUCAAAUGGCAUCCUACUCCCUAUACAGUGCAUAAUAUACGGUAGAUCAGGGCUAUUCAACUCUUACCCUACCAGGUACGGAGUUUUCUGUUGUACCUGAUAAUUAAUUGCACCCACCUGGUGUCCCAGGUCUAAAUCAGUCCCUAAUUAGAUGGGAACAAUGAAAAAAUGCAGUGUAAUUGGCUUCGAUGUCCAGAGUUGAGUUUGAGGGCAGUAGAUGGUACAUUAUACAGGAAAUCAUAUAGAUUUUUUAUUUUUAUAUAUAUAUUUAUUUAUUUUCCGAUAAAUUAACUGUGAAAAUGGGACAACCCCGUUGCAUUUGAGUAACCCAUAAUGCAUGUUUUUAAGUUAUUCUCAUCACACAUGUUCUGAUUCUGCUGUGCUCUGCAGGAAACGGGUAAAGGUAAAUGAAUAAUAUCGCCUCUUCUAUCCAUUUCUGUUAUUUCAAUCAACACAUAUGUUUCUUCACACCUGUAAAAUGAUUGCAGCAGAAUUGCUUUUAUGAAUAAAAUUGCAUUAUCAUAAUAAAAGCCUAUGCCGCUUGAGAGAAAG